GGCAUGGCAGGAAAGUGUCCCCCUGAAGGAGCUGCAGCGCAGGGGUGUCUGCCUGCUGAAACUCCACGCUGCCAGCCAGAGAACUGGCCUCUACGGCCGCCUGCUCGUGACCUUCCAGCCUAGGAAACACGACCUAGAUGCUGAGCUGCCUUCUAAUAGCUUUGGGCCUGGAGACAUCGCCGGCCUGUACGAGGCAGCCAGCCAGGGUGACGCGCUCUGCACGGGCAUCGUGACACGUGUCACCUCCCGAGCAGUGACAGUCGCCUUUGAGGACCCUCAGGACACACUGAGCCUGGACCAUGAGCGCUCCUACCGCCUGCUCAAGCUGGCCAACGAUGUCACCUACAACAGGCUCAAAAAAGCUUUAAAUGCACUGAAGCAGUAUCGGGGGGGUCCAGCCUCUGACCUCAUCGACGUCCUCUUCUUUUCUGCUGAGCCCAGAGCAUUCAGUGAAACAAAGCCUCUGCAGCUUUACAACAACUCACUGGAUGCAUCGCAGAGGGAGGCUGUCUCCUUCUCACUGGCACAGAGGGAACUUGCCAUCAUCCAUGGACCACCUGGUACAGGAAAGACCACAACACUAAUAGAGAUCAUCCUGCAGGCAGUACAGCAAGGCCUGAAAGUGCUGUGCUGUGCCCCCUCCAACGUGGCAGUGGAUAACCUGGUGGAGAGGCUGGCCAGGCACAGCCUGCGCAUCCUGCGGCUGGGGCACCCUGCUCGCCUGCUGGAGCCCAUCCAGCGCCACUCCCUGGAUGCGGUCCUGGCUCGGGGAGAUGCUGCCCAGAUCGUGGCAGAUAUCAGGAAGGACAUCGACCAGGCCUGGACAAAAAGCAAGAAGGCUCAAGACAAGGGGGAGCGGAGCCACUUUCUCAAUGAGAUCAAGACCCUGAGAAAGGAGCUGAAGGAACGAGAAGAAACUGCCGUGGCUGCAGCCCUCUCCCACGCCAGCGUUGUCCUUGCUACCAAUACNGGUGCUUCCUCUGAGGGUCCCCUGAAGCUGCUUCCUGACAACCACUUUGACCUCGUGGUGAUAGAUGAGUGUGCCCAGGCGCUGGAAGCCAGCUGCUGGAUACCUCUGCUGAAGGCUCCCAAGUGCAUCCUGGCUGGGGACCACAAGCAGCUUCCUCCCACCAUCAUCUCCCACAAAGCUGCUGCCAAGGGCCUUGCCCUCAGCCUGAUGGAGCGGCUCAUCGGGAGGUACGGGCAGAGGGUGGUGAAGAUGCUGGUGGUGCAGUACCGCAUGCACGAGGCCAUCAUGCAGUGGGCUUCCUCCGAGCUCUACGACGGCCGCCUCACUGCACACCCCACUGUAGCCCAGCACUUGCUCAAGGACCUGCCGGGUGUCACCUCCACAGAGGAGACCACAACUCCCUUACUGCUUAUAGACACUGCUGGCUGUGGCCUGUUUGAGCUGGAAGUGGAAGAUGAACAGUCCAAGGGCAACCCAGGGGAGGUGCAGCUGGCUGGUUUGCACGUCCAAGCCCUGGUGGAAGCUGGUGUGAAGGCAAAAGACAUCGCUGUGGUAGCCCCCUACAACCUGCAGGUGGACAUGCUGAGAGAGCACCUUGGCCACAGCUACCCAGAGCUAGAAAUCAAAUCAGUCGAUGGUUUCCAGGGAAGAGAGAAAGAGGCAGUGAUCCUGUCAUUCGUGAGAUCCAACCGGAAAG